AUGGCACAACCAUGGCAAGUUGGAAUAUUCGGGUGUUUUGAAGACAUUCCAACAUGUUUACUUGGUUGGUGUUGUUCAUGUUAUUUAUUUGGUCGUAAUGCUGAACAAAUUGAUGGAUCAAAUAAAAUUCACAUGUGUAUUGGAUAUGCAUGCUUAUCCGGUUGUUAUCUUUGUUGUAUACUUCAUAAACCACGGCGAGAAAAACUUCGUGCAGCAUAUAAUCUUAUUGAAAAACCAAGUGAUUUUCUUGCUACAUGCUGUUGUAGUGGUUGUGCUAAUUGUCAAGAAGCAAGAGAAAUGCAAUUACGAGGUAUCCAACCUGGUAUGCGUGUUCCGAUAGCUUCUCAACCACAUUAA